UGAAACAUUGAUGAAUGAAGGGUGGUAAGGUAAUUGUGUAGCAAAGGGAGAGAGAGUGAAGAAGGUACAAGUAAACGGCGCAGUGUCUUCUGUCAAAAUACCGCUUCCCGAUAAGCCCCGUUUCUUUUGUUUUGUUUUGUUUUGUUGGAUCAAACAACAAACAACAAACAACAAACCAACACAUUAAUCAAUCUCUCUUUGUUCUUCUGCACUUUCAUGUUUCAUCUCACUACUACACUUUCAAUUCACUCUCUUUCUCUAUACUACUUUUAUGUUCACAUAUAAACUUUUAAAAUCCUCAAUCAAACUACAAAUUCACCUCAAACACAUAUGCUUCUAUACUUUCUUCUUGUUGGAUUCAAGGUACACUUGAGAAGAAGAAGCAACACAUGAGUCAACAAUUUUGAAAUAACAAACACAAGAACAAGGAGGUGAAGUUUUGAGAGCUACUAAUCAGUCUUUUAGCUUAUGAUAAAAGCCUUAAACAAGGGUUUCUGACUUAGACUGUGAUAUAUCAUCAUUGCUUAAAUAAAUGAUAAAACCCCUUUUAUCACACUAUACAGCUAAACUACUCAUUGAGCCUUAAUUUUCAUCAUCAAUGCAAAACAAAUCCUUAACUUUCUUUUUCUCUUUCUACUAAUUCAUAGCUUAAGGUUCUUCUGUUGUUGAAAAAGAAAGGCAUGAAUACAUGAUUCUGAUAUGGAGAAUGAGAUUGAACCAUGUAAGUUUCCAAGACUUGGAAAUGUCAUAAACAAUUCAAUGAACAAGAACAACAUAGGUUCUGGUAGAAGAAAAAAUGUUGUUGGAGGAAGUGAUUUCGAAAGUAGUUGGCAGCAGCAACAUCAACAACAGAACUCUUCUAGAAUUGUUAGAGUUUCUAGAGCUUCUGGUGGAAAAGAUAGACAUAGUAAAGUAAUGACUUCAAAAGGUUUAAGAGAUAGAAGAGUUAGGUUAUCGGUUACAACGGCGAUUCAAUUCUAUGAUAUUCAAGAUAGACUUGGUUAUGAUCAACCAAGUAAAGCUGUUGAUUGGUUAAUCAAAGCUGCUUCUGAUUCUAUCUCAGAACUUCCUUCUCUCGAUACCACAUUCACGCAAACCGAUCCAAAACAACCAAGUUAUGAGAAUCAAAGUGAGAACCAGAACCAGAAACAGAAACAUAACAUCGACAAUAACAACUUUUGUUUGUCUAAGUCGGGUUGUAGUAGUACUUCUGAGACAAGUAAAGAGAAUGAGUGUAGCAUCAUUGUACAAGAACAAAAACAUCAUCAGAAUAUGUCUCAAACAGCUUCUUUCACCGAGUUACUCACUGGUGGAAUUGGUGGCAGUAGUACUGUAACAAGCAAUAAUGGAGCGGUUCAUGAUCAGAUUCAUGGUCAUGGUGGUUUCUUAGGACAAAUCCAACUAGGACAUUCUUCACAUUCACAUUCUCAUCAAGUUUCACCGUUUAGUGGUGAAAAUGAAAACAACUCAGAUAUUACUCAACUGCAGCAUUUUCCAUUUAUGUCUUCAUCUUCUGAUCAACACAAUGAGAAUCAUGAUGAUUAUAAUCUCAACUUCACGAUAUCUUCUUCGGGCCUUGUUGGUUACAAUAGGGGGACCCUUCAGUCCAAUUCACUUUUACCUCAUUUUCAGAGGUUUUCACCUGUUAUGGAUCAUGGAUCAUCAACAUCAUCAUCAUCCAAUAAUCUACCUUUCUUCAUGGGAGGUUCUGCUGCUCCUCCUGUUGCUACUCCAACCAUGGAUCAACAACAUCUUCAAUUCUCACCUCUCUUCGAUGCUCGUUUGCAACUUUUCUAUGGCGAUGGAAGCCGGCAUUCGGAUCAAAAGGAAAAAUGCAAUAAGGACUGAGUUCUUUAUGGAAGACCACAUUUCCCUUUGUUCCAUCUUCUUUCUGGAACUAUUUUCCGUGGCCUUUCUAUGUAGGAGUAACAAAUUGUGUCCUAUCCUUGCCUUGUUCUGCAAAUUGGAGGGUACAUUGUUCUCAUGUGUUUGGUAUAAUUUCUUCUUUGACCAUUUUGAGUCAUUGAAUUACAUUGAGUAUUUGGAAAUUUCUUGUGCAUCCAGAUUAUUGCUUUUUGGAAAAAUGUAAAAGAAUCUUGAUUGAACUUAUUCUUUUGAUUUCUACAAUUAUUUUGAAGUUGUAUGUA